GCAUGGUUGCCACGAAGUGGCGAGUGUGUUAACUGAAAACGAUGCCUGCAAACCCGGUGCAGACCCAGAGUUCUAUGGCUUCUACUUCGCACGCACGCUCGAGACUGCCCGGGGCUACACAACGAGAAUCAAAGAGAAGGCUGGUAAGCUUCCCACGGAGAAGUGCGGCUUCAUCCGGCGUGUGUAUGUGCCAGAAACCAGCGUGGUAGUGACGGUUCCAAACCUCGACAAAAAGGAGAAUCCGCAGGUGAUAGAUCAGAUCCGCCAUGCGCGGAGAGGUCAUCCAAAUGCGAUUGUCUUUGGCCGGGCUUCACGUGACGAGGAUGCUGGAUGGGAAGGAAUCAUCCCACAGGAGAUGAUGAAACUGGUGAACUUGAAGCCAAUUGAAGACGAGACCAAGGAAGCUGAGGCAGUCCUCUGGGCUCCGACCAUACGAACUUGGGACGGUCAACCUGACCAAUGGCCGAGGUUACAAAGUUGA